AUAAAACCUAGUUCAGAAGAGUUAUACCGCAGCAUUCUUUUUUUUUUGUAAUACAAAGUCUCUCUUUUUCUCCUUUCUAAUACAAGAUGCAAUUAAACAAAAUGUUCCUCUAGUUAUAAUAAUGUAGAAAAAUACGUGUACGCUAGAAAAUUUCUCGACCAACGUAAAAGAGGGUCCUAGAACGGUCAACUUCGACACGUGGCUCGUCCUUAUGUCUUUCUCUUUGUGUACAGAAGCAAUGUAAAUGCAAGCAAGCGUGUAAGAACUAAUUGAGUCAUUGACACAUGAGAGUGAAAAAGGCAAUCAAAAGUCAUCAACACAUUUCUCUUUUAAAUUUGGUAUGCUUGUUUCGUGGAAGCAUGUUUGGUGAGGGUAGAACAACUUUGGUUUUGGUUACUCCAAUGAUCCAUGCAGCGAAGGUGUUCGAUGAAAUGCCUAGAAGAGGCUUUGGGGAAAUUACUUCACCUGAAGACUGAAGUCUGUUAGCUAUAAGGGUUUAGUGAUUUUGUCUUGAUGAGAAUUCCAUUUAACGAUGAUAAAUAAUGAUGCGACCUACAAAGAAUCUUUGCCGCCUUAAGUUACCAUUGUUUCUUGUAUUAGCGUUGUUGCUGAUGAUUGGAACGGGUAAAAGAUAUACAUGCAUCUAAAGUUGUUAAGGAUAAACAGUGACGUGGUGGUCUUGUCUUUUGAUAAUCUUGUUACUCUUUCCUCACUCAAUGGCUACCUCUUGCGACUGAAACGGUAAACCUGUUAUCACUCUGGCUUUGUGUGUAUUCAUCAGUAUCUGGUCAGGUUAGAACAAAUAUAUUGCUUAUUAACCGAUCAAUCUGUUGCUGUCCUGCCCUGCUUGUCGAUAGUAGACAGUUUCUGUGGUUUAGUAAUACUAGAGAACUUAUUACAUGAGUUAAGGUACUGUGUGUUUACUCUCGAAUUUGCUUAUGUUUUAUAUCAAGUUACAUUUUUGCAAACAACAGGUUUCAACUAUGUCUCCUGUCUUUAUCAAAAAAAAAACUAUGUCUCCUGUACAAGUGGUAGACAAGUUGUUACAAUUAUUCUUCAUGUGUCGCAUCUAAUUUAAUAAUCCGCACUAUAAAAAGUAUGAUUUAUUUAACUAAAAGGAAUCACUAGAGUCUAGAGGUGGUAAUCGAUCAGUAAUCAUAAUAUAUAUUAUUGUUUAGAAAUGUGAGAACCCUCAGCCAUACGGUUGAGUUGGAGUAAACUUUUAGCUGCUUCUAGAUCUAAUUUUCCGAGCUGAUUUAUCGUAGGUGAUUGUCGACGAGUAGUUAUGGCUGAAGGAGUUGUGUCGUUUGGAGUUCAGAAGCUUUGGGCGCUUCUUAAUCGAGAAUCCGAGCGAUUGAAUGGAAUAGAUGAGCAAGUUGAUGGACUAAAGCGUCAGCUGAGAGGGUUACAGUCGCUGUUGAAAGAUGCAGAUGCAAAGAAACAUGGAAGUGAUAGGGUGAGGAACUUCUUGGAAGAUGUCAAAGACCUUGUUUUUGAUGCUGAGGAUAUAAUUGAAUCCUAUGUUCUGAACAAACUUAGAGGAGAAGGAAAAGGGGUCAAGAAUCAUGUGAGACGACUUGCUUGCUUCUUGACGGAUCGCCACAAGGUUGCUUCAGAUAUCGAGGGUAUCACUAAAAGGAUCUCUAAGGUGAUUGGGGAAAUGCAGAGUUUAGGGAUACAACAACAAAUCAUUGAUGGUGGUCGUUCGCUGUCUCUUCAGGACAUACAGAGGGAGAUCCGGCAAACGUUUCCUAACAGCUCUGAAAGCGAUCUUGUCGGGGUGGAGCAAAGUGUUGAAGAAUUGGUUGGUCCUAUGGUGGAAAUUGAUAACAUUCAAGUGGUUUCUAUAUCUGGGAUGGGCGGUAUUGGUAAAACCACUUUGGCCAGACAAAUCUUUCAUCAUGAUUUAGUCCGGCGUCAUUUUGAUGGAUUCGCAUGGGUCUGUGUUUCGCAACAAUUUACUCAGAAGCAUGUUUGGCAGAGAAUCUUGCAAGAACUUCGGCCACACGAUGGUGAGAUCUUACAGAUGGACGAAUAUACAAUCCAGGGUAAACUCUUUCAGUUGUUGGAAACCGGUAGAUAUUUGGUUGUCCUCGAUGAUGUAUGGAAAGAAGAAGACUGGGAUCGAAUAAAAGAAGUGUUUCCACGGAAAAGAGGUUGGAAGAUGCUACUUACUUCUCGAAAUGAAGGAGUUGGGUUACAUGCUGAUCCAACAUGUUUAUCUUUUAGAGCAAGAAUCCUAAAUCCCAAAGAAAGUUGGAAGCUCUUUGAGAGGAUAGUCCCUAGAAGAAAUGAAACUGAAUAUGAAGAAAUGGAAGCCAUCGGAAAGGAAAUGGUCACAUAUUGUGGAGGACUACCAUUAGCUGUUAAAGUUUUGGGAGGCUUGUUAGCUAAUAAACAUACAGCUAGUGAGUGGAAAAGAGUUAGUGAGAAUAUCGGAGCUCAAAUCGUAGGAAAAUCGUGCUUAGAUGACAACAGUCUCAAUUCGGUUUACCGAAUAUUGUCUUUGAGUUAUGAAGAUUUGCCAACGGAUUUAAAGCAUUGUUUCCUUUACCUAGCCCAUUUCCCUGAAGAUUACAAGAUAAAGACACGGACAUUGUACAGUUACUGGGCCGCAGAGGGAAUUUACGAUGGAUUAACCAUCCUUGAUAGUGGAGAAGACUACCUAGAAGAACUAGUGAGGAGAAAUUUGGUUAUUGCUGAAAAGAGCAAUUUGAGUUGGAGACUUAAACUUUGUCAAAUGCAUGACAUGAUGAGGGAAGUAUGUAUAUCUAAAGCCAAAGUAGAGAACUUCCUCCAAAUUAUCAAAGUCCCUACUUCCACCUCUACCAUCAUUGCUCAAUCUCCUAGUAGAUCUCGAAGACUCACCGUACAUAGUGGUAAAGCCUUUCAUAUACUAGGACACAAAAAAAAGGUCAGAUCUCUUUUAGUUUUGGGACUCAAGGAAGAUCUUUGGAUACAAUCAGCUUCACGCUUCCAAAGCUUACCAUUGCUCAGGGUGUUGGAUCUGUCUUCGGUAAAAUUUGAAGGAGGGAAGUUACCUUCUAGCAUUGGAGGGCUCAUCCAUUUGAGAUUCUUGAGCUUACACCAAGCUGUGGUAUCUCAUCUACCUUCUACUAUUCGGAAUUUAAAGCUUAUGCUCUAUUUGAACUUACAUGUUGCUAUCGGGGUGCCGGUUCACGUGCCAAAUGUUUUGAAAGAGAUGCUAGAGUUGAGGUACCUUUCCCUACCUCUGGAUAUGCAUGAUAAAACCAAGUUGGAAUUGGGUGAUCUAGUGAACCUGGAGUACUUGUGGUGUUUCUCAACGCAACACAGUAGUGUGACAGACCUCCUCCGUAUGACCAAGCUCAGGUUUUUCGGUGUAUCUUUUAGUGAAAGGUGUACUUUUGAAAAUCUAUCUUCAUCUCUCCGUCAAUUUCGAAAGCUGGAGACACUUAGUUUCAUUUAUUCGCGCAAAACCUAUAUGGUUGAUUAUGUGGGAGAAUUCGUUCUGGAUUUUAUUCAUCUAAAGAAGUUAAGUUUGGGAGUACAUUUGUCAAAGAUUCCUGAUCAACAUCAAUUACCUCCCCACAUUGCACACAUAUAUUUAUUGUUUUGCCACAUGGAGGAGGAUCCAAUGCCAAUUCUAGAAAAGUUGCUUCAUCUGAAGUCGGUUGAAUUAAGACGCAAGGCUUUCAUAGGGAGGAGAAUGGUGUGCUCAAAAGGCGGGUUUCCUCAAUUACGUGCUCUACAAAUAUCUGAACAAUCGGAGUUGGAAGAGUGGAUAGUAGAAGAAGGGUCGAUGCCAUGUCUUCGUGAUUUAAUUAUACAUAGUUGCGAAAAGUUGGAGGAACUUCCUGACGGACUCAAGUAUGUAACAUCCUUAAAGGAACUGAAGAUUGAAGGAAUGAAGAGGGAGUGGAAGGAGAAAUUGGUUGGAGAAGAUUACUACAAAGUCCAACACAUUCCCGAUGUUCAAUUUUUCAACUGUGACGACGAACAAAGAGAAUAACCAGUAGCAGAUGCAGGAAAGAACAAGAAGCUAGUCAAAUUCUCUUAUAUUGGGAGAGAUAGAGGCUGCUUCACAAGAGUCAUCUACUGAUAAAUCUCUGGAAUACAGAUUCUGAAGUACUACUGAUUACGUUGGAGCUCUCGCUUUCAGUGCAUCGUUAUGUUGUGGCUCAGAACUAUAUGCUUUUUAUUGAUGUUUGUUUUCGGUGUGGAUGCAUGGAACGUGCUUGAGAACUCUUUCAUAAAAUUGAGAAACGAACCUUGUUUUUUUUGUAGUUCAUUGUAAAAAUUGGAUAUUUAUGUUUAUACGAAUUUGUUUUGUUUUCUCGUUUGUGAUUUAACACAGUUAGCUAGCUUUUGUAAGCUUUAUUUACAUCAAAUCUGGUUAGAUUUGUUUUUUAUCACAUUUAGGCUUAAGU